UAUGCCACCGACCGAACUUCGCUCUAGAGAUACUAGUCAACUUGUAACUGAAUCGGACGACCUGCUGAAAUCGGGAAAGAAAUUAGUGGGCGUGAAUGGCAAUUGGUACGAUGUGACCAACUUUAUAAAGAUACAUCCAGGUGGACCAAUAAUUGAAGAAUUUGUUGGUAAGGAUGCCACAGACGUCUUUCUGUCUAAUGGACAUAAAGGGGUUUUGAAAAGAUGGCGUCCAGUUGGAACCUAUCAAAUGAAAGAGAGACACCCAGCCGAUAAGGAAUUCGUAGAACUACUUAAUCUUUUUAAAUCAAAAGGUUGGUUUGAAACAUCGUGGACGUUCUAUGCUGGUAAGCUACUCUUUGUUUAUUCUCUGUGGACAAUUGUAUGGGGGACAUUAUUACUGAGUGAGAAUUUUUAUGCCCAUAUGGCGGCUGGAGUUGUACUUGCUUUUUUUUGGCAACAAACUGGCUUUCUCAUGCACGAAUGCAUGCAUACGACCGUCUUUCGAAACGGAUUUAGAGAUCGUUUUGCUGGAUUAAUCCUAGGAACAUUUAAUUUUGGCUUUUCGGCUCAUUGGUGGAGAGAUGAACACAUUGUUCAUCACAUGAUGACCAACACUGUCGACUCUGAACGCCGAUUUGCUGAUCCCCAAAUGUGGGAGAGCGUGUGGGCUCAAAAUGAAAAGCUAUAUCCACUGUUUGGUGGUCUCCUUCAAUGGUGUUUGGUUAAAAUUCAACAUUUUACUUUUAUCCCUAUGGUUACCUUUAUCGGUAGAGCAGAAAUUAUAUUUGAUAGUUACCGUGUUGAGAGAAGAUGGUAUGAAUGGAUUGCUAUAGUCGGACAUUGGUGUUGGAUGAUACUAAUGUUGUCCCUUUUGCCUAACUGGAAGGAAAGAAUUUUUUUCUAUUGUAUUGCAGCUAGCGUUGAAGGUGUAUUCCACUUUCAAUUAAUAUUGUCUCACUAUUGCAAAGAAUUCAAUGAAGUUAGUGAGUUUCAUAAAGAUUCAUGGUAUAGAUUUCAAAUAGGAUCUAAUAUGAAUAUUGAUAGUCCAACUUGGUUGGAUUGGUAUUAUGGUGGAUUAAACUAUCAUAUUGAACAUCAUCUCUACCCUCUUUUGGGAAGACGUCACUUGAGAGAGGCAUCUAAAUACGUGAGAAAGGUCUGCGAAAAAUACGAUAUUGAAUACGAUUCAUGCUCCAUGACAAGAGCAUUGAUAAGAACUCUUAGCCAUUUGAAAACCUGUGGCACACAUUAUAAACUCAGCUUUUAUUAG